GCCGGUUGCCUUCGCUUUAGCGCUUGGCUUUGCGCAUGUGCAGUAAAGAGUGGCGCGAGGCUGCGGCUUCCGGCCGAAGAACAUGAUGCAAGGGGACCCAAACCCUAGUGCUUCCCUUAUUGACAGAACCAUCAAGAUGAGAAAAGAAGCAGAAGCUAGGAAAGUGGUUUUAGCCUGGGGACUCCUAAAUGUAUCUAUGGCUGGAAUGAUAUAUACUGAAAUGACUGGAAAAUUGAUUAGUUCAUAUUAUAAUGUGACAUACUGGCCUCUCUGGUAUAUUGAGCUUGCCCUUGCGUCUCUCUUCAGCCUAAAUGCCUUAGUUGAUUUUUGGAGAUACUUCAAAUAUACUGUGGCACCAACAAGUCUGGUUGUUAGCCCUGGACAGCAAACACUUUUAGGGUUGAAAACAGCUGUUGUACAGACUACUCCUCCACAUGAUCUGGCAGCAACCCAAAUCCCUCCCUCUCCACCUUCUCCUUCAAUUCAAGGUCAGAGUGUGUUGAGUUAUAGCCCGUCUCGUUCACCCAGUACCAGCCCCAAGUUCACCACCAGUUGUAUAACUGGGUACAGCCCUCAGCUACAAGGUCUGUCCUCAGGUAGCAGUGGUUCUUACAGUCCUGGAGUGACCUACUCUCCCAUCAGUGGUUACAAUAAGUUGGCAAGCUACAGUCCCUCCCCUUCUCCUCCGUACCCUACCACUGUUGGACCAGUGGAGAGCAGUGGAUUGAGAUCUCGCUACCGUUCUUCACCCACAGUCUAUAACUCCCCUACCGACAAAGAAGACUACAUGACAGACCUACGAACUUUGGAUACUUUCCUUAGAAGUGAAGAAGAGAAACAGCAUAGAGUUAAGCUGGGGAGCCCAGACUCUGCCUCGCCUUCCACCAGUCCUACUUUCUGGAACUACAGUCGUUCUGUGGGGGAUCAUGCACAGACUUUAAAGAAGUUUCAGUAUCAGCUUGCCUGUAGGUCUCAGGCCCCGUGUGCUAACAAAGAUGAAGCUGAUCUCAGUUCUAAACAAGCUGCAGAGGAGGUUUGGGCAAGAGUGACUAUGAAUAGACAACUUCUUGAUCAUAUGGAUUCAUGGACAGCUAAGUUCAGAAAUUGGAUCAAUGAGACAAUAUUGGUGCCGCUUGUACAGGAGAUCGAGUCUGUCAGCACGCAGAUGAGACGAAUGGGUUGUCCAGAGCUGCAGAUAGGAGAGGCUAGUAUUACUAGCUUGAAACAAGCUGCUCUGGUUAAAGCUCCUCUCAUUCCAACUCUGAAUACAAUCGUGCAGUAUCUAGACCUUACACCAAAUCAGGAAUACUUGUUUGAAAGGAUCAAAGAACUUUCUCAAGGAGGCUGUAUGAGCUCAUUUCGGUGGAAUAGAGGUGGAGACUUCAAAGGACGCAAGUGGGAUACAGACCUGCCCACUGAUUCUGCCAUCAUCAUGCAUGUGUUUUGCACCUACCUUGACUCCCGAUUGCCUCCGCACCCAAAGUACCCUGACGGGAAAACAUUUACUUCUCAGCACUUUGUGCAGACACCAAAUAAACCAGAUGUGACAAAUGAGAAUGUUUUUUGCAUUUAUCAGAGUGCUAUCAACCCUCCCCAUUAUGAGCUAAUCUACCAGCGCCAUGUCUACAAUCUUCCAAAGGGCAGAAAUAAUAUGUUUCACACCUUGUUAAUGUUUCUCUACAUCAUAAAGACCAAAGAGUCGGGAAUGCUUGGGAGAGUCAAUCUUGGUCUAUCUGGUGUGAAUAUUUUGUGGAUUUUUGGCGAGUAGUGGGUCAUUUAAUUCCAAACAUUUGGACUUUUCUUUGACUGAAUCAGAAGUUGAAUCUAAGCAUCUGUGAGUCACUGCCUCUUUUGAAAUAAGAUACACUUUAUGUUACAGACUCUUUAGAUUUAAUGAAAAUUUAGCUAUUACGAAACUUCCUUGUGAAAGUAUGUCCUAUAUCUUCUACACCAAGAGGCAUCACCUUCAGUUUUUUAUCGCAUUUCAGGUUUUUCAGUUGCCUACAAAACUGCAACCCUUCAGAUUUGUUGACCCAAACAGUACAGUUGAGCCUUGAUUAAAUAAAUUUAAGAGUCUUUUUUCAUUGUAACCCUCAAAUAAGAAUCAUCCACCUGAUUCUUCUCUACAAAAAUUGUUUCUUCGUUCAUGUUAUUUAGUAUAAAUACUUAAAAACAAGCAAAUUGUUAAUUUAUUUUUUAUCUCUGUAUUUCCCUAGUGUUCAGCAAAUCAACCCAUAUUUAAAGAAAUGAGAUAAACUUCUAAGUAAUGUAUUUAGUUCAUGUGUAUAUUUAAAAUAUUAUUGAAAGAGGUUUGACAGUAUUAGCAUUUAAAAAGUCAACUCUUGGAUUAAAUUUAGCUGAUAGAAUUAAACUUUUGGGUCUUAGUUAAGAGGCUGAGGACGUCAAGAAAACUACUGCUCUGGUUUUAGUAACUCAAUUUCACUACUCCAUAAUAUUGUAUUAUUUUAAGAGUUCCCUUUAAGAUCAUAUGAUAUCGUAUCUGUUUAAAUAUUUUAGAUAUGUUCAGAAUAUCUGGAGAGUAAGAAAUUACCAAAUUCGUAAGUUUUUCUUGACUCUCCAUCCUUAUUUUCUUAUAUGUAUUAUCUCUAAGGCUAGCUAGCAUCUGCGUGUGUUUUCUGGAUUGACGUACUAUUAGAGACUGCUUCCAUCACCUGGAAACAGCUGAAACCGGUAUCUUGAAUCACUGCAUGUCCGUAUUUAUAUGCAGCCCAUUUUGUAUCAUUUGUAAAUUCCGUUUUUCAGAAAGUUGUUCCUGUUUUUUAAAAAUUAGACUUCCAAAGGAAAGGAAGUUUCUGUUUUUUAACUGCUUUUGAUAUAUGUUAAAUAUGUUUGCUACCAUAUUUUAAAAGAAAAUACCAAUUAAACAUGUUAAACAUAAGAACAUGUUAAAAUCUAAGUCUUCUAUUUCAAAAGUUAUUGAAGGUGUCAUGAAAUAACAAUUGUUAUGCUGUUAAACUAUUCAUUUGCAUAUUCUUUAUUAAAAGCAAUGGGAAAAACUUUAAGAAUACAUAAGACAAAAUUUUUUUUCUUCUUUAUAGGACUUAAGGCAGCUUUUAGUCCAAAAAUUCAAAGUUAUAAUAUUUUAUUUUUUAAGUGACUGUCAAAAAAUACAAUAUGCAGUAAAUACACAUGUCAAAAGACUAGGGACACACACUAAAAAAGAAAGGGUGUUUUAUUUGCAUACUGAGUUUAGUAUGGGUUCCUGUACUCUGGGUAGCUAUCCUGUGUUAACUUGUCCUCACAAAUGUUUGAGCCAGCUUAUACUUUAAUAUAGCUUUUAUUAGAAAUACUUUGAUGAAUUAGCUUGAAUUUACACUUCAGGAAGACAGUGCACUGCAAAUAUGGUAAAUUGUCCUUGUGUUAAAAUGAGUAAAUAUCAACUUUUCUCUAAUUAAAUGUUAUUUAUAGUAUAUUUU